AUGGCCGCCGGUUGGGGGUCAGAGGUCAGGGGUCGCCCGCCAGCUGACCCCGCAGCCAGAGCUCCGGACCACGUCGGGAGGCGAACCGCGCAGGCGCGCUCUUCCUCCUCCGCCCCACGAUCUCCGCGCUGCGCAGCCUCCCGGCGGAAGGCGGAACUUCCGGCGAGCGGAACGGAGUUGCUGCGGCCGCCGCGCGGGGUCUCGCCUGCGGGGGUACCGGAAGUAGGAGGGGGACCGGAAGUAGCCGAAGGACCAGAAGGAGCGGACAGAUUGAGGCCCCCCCCCGCAGCUAGAGAAGCCGGAAAGCCGCGCCGAAUUCCAACCUCCCGGCCCGGCCGCUCCUCCCGGGCUGAAGAACGGAAGCGGGAACCAGCUGGACGCGCCUUCCCGCCGUUGGGAUUGGAAAUUUGGGGAGCGAGAGGGCGUCCGGGGACGGGCCGAAAAGCGGAUCGGUGGCGGAUUCCCAGCGGUCCCGGAUUCCCAGCGGUCCCGGAUUCCCAGCGGUCACCUCCUGCCGCCUUCUCCUUCCAGCCGGCGGAGCGCCUCGCGUCGGGAAGCCCCAUGGCGGGAAUCGUCCGCGCGGCGGUCCGGAGGAUCCCGGCCGACAUCCCGGUAGGCGUCUUCCCUCCGCCUCCGUCGGCCGGCCUGUCCGCCUCUUCGGUCGCCCGGUGGAGCGGCCCGGAAUCCCGGACGUGGGCGUCCGGGAUCCGGCAGAAGUUUACCAAAUCCCGGAUUCCGGAAGAGGUGUUCCGGCCUUCGCCCGAAGAUCAUCGGAAGUACGGCGGGGACCCGGAAAACCCCCACAAACUCCACCUCAUCACGCGAAUCAAGAGCGUCAAGGGGCGUCCGUACUGGGAAAAGGACACGAUCAAACUCCUGGGCUUGGAAAAAGCUCACCGUCCCCAAGUCCACAAGAACAUCCCCUCGGUGAACGCGAAGCUGAAAACGGUGAAACACCUGAUCAGGAUCCAGCCGCUCCGCCUGCCCCAGGGCCUCCCCGCGGAGGAGGACAUGGGCCGCACCUGCCUGAAGAACACGGGGGAACUGGUGGUGCGCUGGGCCCUGACGCCCGCGGACGCCAAGGCCGGCGAGGAGAAGUCCGGCCCGGGCCCGGUCUAG